AUGUUACAUGAUUCGUUUGGCCGCCAAGCAGACCAUGGUCGCUUUUUCAAACCUCGAUCAGUGUUUGCUUUCCUUGUGAUCUUGAUUUCUGUCAAGGCCACAACUGUCUUCGAUGUCUCCAUUGAUACUUCAGUACCAAGAAGCAAACAUGUUGCCUUCUCCAAGAUCUUGGUUACUCCGUCAAAAAUGAGGACUACGGCACUUUCUCACCUUCUUGUUCUCACCGUCUGGGCCGCUCUUUCCUCCUAUGCUGUUCUUGUAAAGAAUGCUGGCGAGGCCGGCGACAUCUUCCGAGGUGGCUCACAGACAAUGACAGGUCCUAUCGAGAAACGCUCAGUUCUUGUCAGGGAUAACCUGAAACAUGAUAGGGCCGAGGAAAAUGAUGCGGUGUUCUCUGCAAGGUAA